CGCUCCAGUCUGCUGUGCAUAGGCUGCUGAGAAAUGUCAACUGAUCGAACCAGGGGGUUGUACACUCCGUAUGAUUUGUAGAUAGAAACUUGUCUUAUCAUACGGUAACACUAUUCAUCACAACGUGCUAAGAAGUCUUCGUUUAUUUAGCGAGAAUGGAUAACGUUGUUCUUGUGACCGGUGCAAACAGUGGCAUCGGUCUGGCUUUGUGUGAACGCCUAUUGAGUGAAGAUGAAGGCCAGUUGCGUCUGUGCCUGGCCUGUAGGAACAUGCAGAGGGCAGAGGCCGCCCGGGCAGCCCUCCUGAACUCUCACCCCAAAGCCCACGUGGACCUGCUGCACCUGGACGUGGGCUCUGUGCGCUCUGUGCUCAGCGCGGCCCAGGAGGUCAAAUCCAGGUACAACCAACUUGAUUACCUAUACCUAAAUGCAGGGAUCAUGCCAAAUCCACAGUUGGACAUGAAGGCCUUUUUCAAGGGACUGUUUUCAAGUAACGUCGUCAACAUGUUUAUGACGGGGGAGGGUCUGCUAACCCAGCAGGACGGCCUUAACUCAGACGGCCUCCAGGAAGUGUUCGCUACAAACCUCUUUGGUCACUUCCUCCUGAUCAGGGAGCUGGAGCCGGUCCUGUGCCAGACGAACCACACCUCUCGGGUGGUGUGGACCUCCUCCAGCAACGCCAGGCGCUCCGCCUUCCGUCUGGACGACAUCCAGCACCGGCUAGGGACGGAGCCCUACAGCUCCUCCAAGUACGCCUCGGACCUGCUCAGCCUGGCGCUCAACAGACACAUGAACAGCCAGGGCCUGUACUCCUCCGUGAUAUGUCCUGGUCUGGUGAUGACCAACCUCACCUACGGAAUCCUCCCCUCCUUCUUCUGGACCCUCAUCAUGCCCAUCAUGUGGCUCAUCCGAAUCUUCACCAACACGUUCACCCUCACACCCUACAGUGGAGCGGAAGCUUUGCACUGGUUAUUUCGUCAGAGACCAGAGUCGCUGGAUUCAAGAGCAAAGUACCAUAGUUUGACAUCCGGCCUUGGGACCAACUAUACGCAGUCGCGACAAAUGGACAUUGAUGACAAAAUGUCUGAAGACCUUUAUGUGAAACUUCUGGAGCUUGAAAAAGUAGUACGGGGUGGACUAACUGAGGAAGACGAGGAUCUUCUGGCCCACAAACAGUACCUCAACCACACAGACUAGAGGACCAUGUAACAAACCUGAGCUCCGUGCAUUGACCAACCUCAUGUUGUACCAUGGGAUCCAUUCCAUCUGAAGUCACCCAAGUCUUAAAUUAAAUUUAAGGAUAUGGACUGGCAAACAGACCCAUUACCAGCACCUCAGUCAAUAGCUUUCCAACCUUGGUGAAUAUCACUACUCUACAGGAACGUAUUGAGUAAG